GUGUUACACAGUAGUAUAAUAAAAUUUCCUGUGAAACUUGUGAGUUUAAAGGAAGUAGGAAAUAUAUAAACUCUCAUGACACUUGCUCCCACUGCAAAUCACUUCAUAUUCUUGACCUCUGGUCUUCCAAACUCCAACUCCAGUUCCUGCUUCACACUCCGCGCACAAUCUGGUCCCAGUCCCAGCCACAUGGUGGACUCCUGCUUCUGGUCACUUGCACUUUGGUACUCCUGCUCACAUUCUGGACCAAUAAAUGACCCAAAUGCUGAACCGUCAGGAUUGUUGACAACCAUAUGCCAGAUUUUUAUAAUUCCUUUUAGAAAACCAUAUGAUGAAGAUCCUGUGGAGAAUAGCUUAUCAAAAUAACCUCUGCUCUGAAAACUCAGUUGUGUCAUACUUGGACUGUUAUUGGACUGAUACCUAUGUGUCCAGUUAAUUUUAAAUCGCAAAUAUUAAUUUGAAUUUAAGAUAGCAAGAGUUUACACGUUUGUCAGUUUACAAAAACAUUAUUAUAAUUAGUAUUUUUCCCAGCUGAAAUGUAGGAUGGAAUCUGAACUGUCUAUCUCAAUGCCGUAAUUCAUUAAGAUUUCUUUGAUGAAAUCUGAUAUUAGAACGACUAUUAGAAAGGCUCCUCUGAGUGAUGACUAAUGUCGAAUCAGAAGGUUUUCGGCACAUCAGUAACCUAUUAAAUGCGAUUGGUUCAAUCAUUACUCACCAGAUUUGUAUUAAUAGGCCAGUCCCUCACUCUGUCAGGUGUAAUCUCAGCUCUUUCAUGCUGGUGCAUUCCCCAUCUAUCUACUGGGUUACAAUGAAACAAUCUACAUCUCCACCAUCAAUCACAUCUCCAUCUCAAACUGUGGCAAUCAACAAUGCUGCAGACAUCAGCGUGAUCACUGUGUACUUUGUGAUAGUCAUCGGCAUCGGACUGUGGUCCAUGUUCAAGACCAACCGUGGAACAGUGGGUGGGUACUUCUUGGCCGGGAGGAACAUGAAAUGGUACACUGUUGGAGCCUCGCUUUUUGCCAGUAACAUUGGAAGUGGCCACUUUGUUGGUUUGGCAGGCACAGGGGCAGCAAAUGGGUUGGCAGUCGGUGGCUUUGAGUGGAAUGCCUUGUUUAUUGUGCUACUUCUGGGUUGGCUUUUUGUUCCAGUGUACCUGACAGCUGGGGUCAUCACCAUGCCACAGUACCUAAUGAAAAGGUUCGGAGGAAACCGAAUUAGACUGUACCUCUCCCUCAUUUCUCUUUUCCUUUACAUAUUUACCAAGAUUUCGGUGGACAUGUUCUCUGGAGCAGUUUUCAUCCAACAAGCUUUGGGGUGGAACAUCUAUGUUGCAGUAAUUGCAUUGCUGAUUAUUACUUGUAUCUACACUGUCUCAGGAGGCCUGGCUGCAUUGAUGUACACGGACACAGUACAGACAUUUGUGAUCAUUGCUGGAGCUUUUGUGCUGAUGGGAUACUCUUUCCAUGAAGUUGGGGGCUAUCAGGCAUUGUUUGCCAAGUACAAGGAUGCCGUGCCAAUUCUUCAUGAUUCAAUAGAUCCUUCCCGCUAUAACAUCUCUGACAAGUGCUAUCUUCCUCGUGCUGACGCAUUCAAUCUUCUGCGAGAUGCAGUCAGUGGCGACUUACCCUGGCCAGGAUUGAUCUUUGGUAUAAGCAUCAUUGGAGUUUGGUUCUGGUGCAGUGAUCAGGUCAUCAUCCAACGAUGCUUAGCUGCUAAGAACCUGACACACGUGAAGGCUGGUUGUGUUCUAUGUGGUUACAUAAAGUUGUUGCCCAUGUAUCUGAUGGUCUUGCCGGGCAUGAUCAGUCGAAUUCUAUACCCAGAUGAGGUUGCAUGUGUUGUGCCAGAGGAAUGUGAGAAGAUAUGUGGCACUCCAGUUGGUUGCUCGAACAUUGCCUACCCAAAGAUGGUGGUUGCCCUGAUGCCCAAGGGGCUUCGUGGUUUAAUGCUUGCAGUUAUGCUAGCAGCUCUCAUGAGUUCACUGGCAUCCAUCUUCAAUAGCAGCAGCACUCUCUUCACCAUGGACAUCUGGGCAAGAAUCCGGAAGGAAGCCAGCAACAAGGAACUAAUGAUUGUUGGCAGGAUCUGGAUUCUCUGUAUUGUCACGAUCAGCAUUGCAUGGAUACCUGUGGUCCAGGCAGCACAAAGUGGACAACUCUUCGACUAUAUCCAGUCUGUCACCAGUUACUUGGCACCACCCAUUGGCGCAGUUGUCCUGCUAGGUGUCUUUGUGAAAAGGAUCAAUGAGCCAGGUGCCUUCUGGGGUUUGAUCGGAGGUCUGGCCAUGGGUCUCUGUCGCAUGAUAGCCGAGUUUGUCUAUGGCACGGGCAGCUGCAUCUUCCCAUCCUCUUGCCCCUUUAUCUUCUGUGGCAUCCACUACCUCCAUUUUGCCAUCAUUUUGUUCAGCUGCACAUGUAUCCUGGUCCUCAUCAUCUCCUUCUGCACUCCAAAGAUCGAAGAAAAACAUCUCCAUCGCCUGGUGUACAGCCUUCGCUACAGCCAGGCUGAAAGGGUUGACCUGGACGUUAUUGAAAUGGUGAAGCCAACUCUGAAAGUACAAGAAGAAGUAGAAAACAGCACAGUUGACAUGCACCCAGUGAUAACAGCUGAGGAAGAAAAACCAAGGAAGAAAAAGAAUGUUUUUAUCAUUUGUUGUGCUUGGUUCUGUGGCAUUAGCUCAGAGCCAGUGCCCGAACCAACAGCAGAGGAGAAGGCAGAAGCUAUGAGGAAAAUGACUGACAUAAGUGAAGGAACCAUCUGGAGCAGAGUGGUUAACAUCAAUGUCAUUAUUAUGAUGUGUGUUGCUGUCUUUCUGUGGGGCUAUUAUGCUUAAUAAAAUAUUAUUUUAAAACUGCUUUAUCUUAAUUCAAUUUAUUGUUGCCUAAUAGGUUUUAACAAGCCUUUUGUUUUUGUUAAUCUAUCUGGUUAGCUUUUUGGAUAGAUUGGAUAGUUGGCCUAAUACCUUCAUUAUCCCCUUUCAAAGGUUGUUAAUCUUGUGAAGAUUAACAAUCGCACAUGCUAUCAUGAUCUACAGCUACUCACAAUACAUACCUUUACUUGUGGAGGAUGGAUAAAAACAUAGAAGUACAAAAAGGAAAAAUCCAAACAUUGAAGGUACAAGAAGCAGAUGCUGGUUUACUUUGUACCUCUUGACUUAAAGCUAUGCCCUCUCUAGGAUCCGAUAUUUCCAUCAAGGGGAAAAGAUACUGACUGUCUACCCUAUCUCCGCCUCUCAUAAUAUUAUAUACUUCUAGCAGUUCUCCUCUCAACCACCGAGAAAACAACCCAUGUCUAUCCAACCUCCCCCUGUAGCAGAAACUCUCCAAGCAGCAUUCUGGCAAACCUCCUCUGCAUCCUCUCCAACGCCUCUACAUGCUUCCUGUAAUGGGGCAAGCAGAACUGCGCACAAUACUCCAAAUGCAGCCUAAGCAAUAGAGCUUUGGCCUUGACAUAUUGGGUUUGAGCCUUGACCUUUGUUGUCCUUCCAUCUAUGUUCAGAUCAACUGUUAGACUAUGUAGCUAACACUGAAUAAGGCAUCUAAAAUAAAUGACAACAUAAGAACCCUUUUCAUAAAACAGUAUUUCCAAACUACUUUAGUUGCUCUUUUGCUGAAUAUCAGUUCAUAUAAUUUCUUGGCUCACUGAUCGAAAUGGUUUUCCAGAUUUAACGUUAUCAAAAUCGGUCAUGUCAUCUAAUCUGCUUUAACUCUGGGACACUGCCAUGUCCUCAUUAAUGUAACGUCACUGGGACCGGGUACAAGUUAAGAUACGGAAAACAGAAUGUUGGAAUGAAGUAAAUGGGAAGCAAUGGUCACCAGGGGAGUAGGGAGCAGAAUCUUUUUAUUUCAUAGCGCUUUAAAUGUGUGAUUCUUGUUUGUUUUUUUAGUUUGUAAAGAAAAUAUAUUGCUAAUUUUAUUUUUAAUAUUAUUUUCAUUUUGAAUACAUUAAGUAGGAGUUCAUGAAUGUGUGAAAGACCGAGUUGGUUGGCAGUCUCAUAACUUCCAAUGCCUUUCUGGGGGUGCAGUGCAGGCAGCUAUUUAUGCUGGGAGAGAGCUUACACUGAGCUGGGGUUCAGUGAGCUGGCGUUCAGCCUCUCGGAGGAAAACUGUGUCCAAACCAAAGAU